AUGGCAGUGGCGACGCAGAAGAUGCCGAAGACGAGCUCGAUAAAGCCCCCUGGAGGCAGUAUAAAAACGUAUCUUCAGAACAAGAUCGAAUCUGCCGAGUUGGAUAUCACAAAGAAGACUCAGAAUCUGCGAAGAUUGGAAGCACAGAGGAACUCGCUGAACGCACGGGUCCGUCUUCUAAGAGAAGAGUUACAGCUGUUGCAGGAACCCGGCAGUCAUGUGGGCGAAGUGGUCAAGGUGAUGGGAAAGAAGAAGGUUCUGGUGAAAGUCCAGCCAGAAGGCAAAUAUGUCGUCGACUUUUCCUCCGAUAUCCCUGUAUCCGCCCUCACCCCCAAUCUCCGUGUCUCUCUCCGCGCCGACUCUUACGAGCUUCACUCCAUUCUUCCGAAUAAGAUCGACCCGUUGGUGUCUCUGAUGAUGGUAGAAAAGGUUCCCGAUUCGACGUACGAAAUGGUUGGAGGAUUAGACAAACAGAUCAAGGAGAUCAAAGAGGUCAUUGAAUUACCCGUCAAGCAUCCUGAAUUGUUCGAAUCUCUCGGUAUCGCUCAACCCAAAGGUGUACUCUUGUAUGGACCUCCAGGAACAGGAAAGACUCUGCUGGCAAGAGCAGUAGCGCAUCAUACCGAUUGUCGAUUCAUUCGAGUUAGUGGAAGUGAACUGGUCCAAAAGUAUAUCGGAGAGGGAAGUCGAAUGGUCAGAGAAUUGUUCGUCAUGGCUCGAGAGCAUGCUCCGAGUAUCAUAUUCAUGGAUGAGAUUGACUCCAUCGGAUCGUCGCGAAAUCCUUCGGGUGGUGGAGGAGAUUCAGAGGUGCAGAGGACGAUGAUGGAGUUGCUGAAUCAGCUGGAUGGAUUUGAGUCGACCAAGAAUAUCAAGGUCAUCAUGGCUACCAACAGAAUAGACAUCCUCGAUGCCGCUCUAUUACGUCCUGGUCGUAUUGACAGGAAGAUCGAAUUCCCGCCCCCUAACCCUGAAGCUCGAAUCACCAUUCUCAAGAUUCACUCUCGAAAGAUGUCACUGCAGCGAGGCAUAAACUUCCGUUCACUGGCCGAGAAAAUGGGGCACUGCUCUGGCGCUGAGGUUCGAGGUAUUUGCACGGAGGCUGGCAUGUACGCCCUUAGAGAGAGACGGCAGUAUGUUGGCCAGGAGGACUUCGAGAUGGCUGUUGCCAAGGUGUUGAAGAAGAACUCAGAAGGUAAUACCAGUGUCAACAAGCUCUUUAGCUAG